AGUCAGGGAUAAAUAAAAACAAAUGUCAUAUGGUCCACGACCUACAGCGUUUCACCCACUGGCCACACGGUGUCUGCCCAGCUGGAUUGGUUCUUCAGAGGAUGCUCUCCACCUAUCACGAUGCUUCGUUCAGUUUCUUCACGUCGCUCGAUGUUUUACCAGCAACAUCAACACUAUUUCAUGCAGAGUCAGGUGGCUAGCAUACGGAACGCCCUUAGUUCGUAAUUGCACCCGAAAAGUGCUCUGCUCUCCAGAGGUAGACCACUGAUGGAGCAUCGACAUACAAGCUCUGGGGCCAGUCGUUGUCAUGUUUCCAUGCGUUUCCUCCUGGCCCUCUGCUGAGCCCCCGUCGCCCUGCGGUCAUGUCUCCCUGCCCACACACACUCACACGCAGCCCCUGCCUGACCUACUGUGCAGCUGCCCUGCCCCGCAGGUGAACCCUCACCCCGUUCCAGACUACAUGGAGUCCCUUAUCGUGGUGACCGAGUACAAGGGAGGUGAUGAGGUGGAGGACAUGGAGUGCUCUGAGAUGCCCUUCAGACCACACUCCUGUGACCUGCUGUCCCGCUCUGUGGGCCACCCCGAGGCCCUGUCCCCCGAGCCCCAGGGGCACAGGGGAAGACUAAACCUGUCAGACCGGAAGCUGUCCCUGCAGGAGCGCUCCCAGACGGCCUCGUCUCCCAACGGGCGCUACAUCUACCCCUCGCUGCCCUACUCGCCCAUCACCUCGCCCCACUCCUCCCCGCGGCUACCCCGUAGGCCCACCGUGGAGUCUCACCGCGUCUCCAUCACGGACCUGCAGGACUGCGUGCAGCUCAACCAGUACAAGCUGAAAGAUGAAAUCGGAAAGGGCUCUUAUGGUGUUGUCAAGCUGGCCUACAAUGAAGACAACAACACUUAUUACGCGAUGAAAGUGCUGUCCAAGAAGAGGCUGAUGAGGCAGGCAGGUUUCCCACGGAGACCACCCCCCCGUGGAGCCAAAGCAGCCCCCGAAGGCCCCCCUCAGCCAAAAGGACCGCUAGAACGGGUCUACCAGGAGAUUGCCAUCCUAAAAAAGCUGGACCAUCCCAAUGUAGUGAAGCUAGUGGAGGUUCUUGACGACCCUGGUGAGGACCAUCUGUACAUGGUGUUCGAGCUGGUCAAAAAGGGGGCUGUGAUGGAGGAGUUGCCCACGGACAAGCUGCUAAAUGAGGACCAAGCUCGGUUCUACUUCCAAGACCUAGUCAGGGGGAUUGAGUUCUUGCAUUACCAGAGGAUCAUCCACCGGGACAUCAAGCCCUCUAACCUCCUGGUUGGGGAGGACGGUCACAUUAAGAUCGCUGACUUCGGGGUCAGUAACCAGUUUGAGGGGGCCGACGCCCUCCUGACCAGCACGGUGGGCACGCCCGCCUUCCUCGCCCCCGAGACUCUCUCCGAGACCAGGAAGAACUUCUCUGGCAAGGCAUUGGACGUUUGGGCCAUGGGAGUGACGUUGUACUGUUUCGUGUUCGGAGUGUGUCCCUUUAUGGAUGAACGCAUCAUCAGUCUUCAUCAGAAGAUCAAGACUCAGCCAGUGGAGCUGCCAGAGCAUUCAGACUUAUCGGACGAUCUGAAAGAUCUGCUACUGAAGAUGCUUGACAAGAAUCCAGAGACCAGGAUAUCAGUACCGCAGAUUAAGGUGCACCCGUGGGUGACGCGGAGAGGAGAGGAGCCCCUCCCUCUGGAGGACGAUAACUGCUGCAUGCUGAUCGAGGUGACCGAGGAGGAGGUGGAGAACUCUGUCAAACACAUCCCCAGUCUGGCCACUGUGAUCCUGGUGAGGACCAUGCUGAGGAAGCGCUCCUUUGGGAACCCCUUUGACUGGGGGCGCCAGAGAACCGAAGACCGAGGCACCGGUCUGUCUGCACCAGGACACGUGCUCACCAAAGGGAGAGCGGGCAAUGUGAGAUACUGCUACGUUCAUAGUAACCACAGAAGGAAACAAGAGAGCGGGGAGGGCAUGCGAAGUAUGGACCUGCCCUUGGUGGGCGAAGAUGAGACUCUUUCCUGAUGCAGUGUGGUUUCUCAGCGCGAGGGUGAAGGCCUUGCUAGCGAAUUAUGUUGGUUGAAGCCACUAAUGUCUUUUGUGGAGGUGGGCAGGACUGUUAUAGGGAUGUGACGGGAGCCUGAACACCCUUUUGGUGAAAGCUCCCUCCUGACUGUCACUCACUAACACCCAUCUGUAAUGCAUGCUCAUGUUUCUAGUCACAGCAUGCUCUGUCACAGGCUUCUGAUAUAAAGGUCUGUAUUUUAGCCAAGGUACAUGUGUUUCUCCAGGCCUCCUCUGUUUGAAAAGGCUCUCAGGUUUACUGCAGGGGUGUGGGGGACGGGAAGGGGUGUUUGUGGACGGUCGUACAUUUUCAAGGGGCGACCCCUGUCCCCCACAUGUUAGUAGAGCAAGUUACUUGACUAUGAUUGUCUGGACCACUCACCAUCAAUGUGGACCGUUUUGUAACGAUAGACAGGAGAGGUUUAUUGAAACGAAAAAUAGAGAGAGAAAAAAAGGUUUACUACAUUCAUGGUAUGCAUGUGAGUUUGUUUCUUUCCCAGUGCAGCCAUUGUUUACGCUACAUAAGCUGCACAAUCAUAGAAUUAGUUAUCGAUGCACAAACUAUUUAUUUUAUUAAUUCAGUCCUCACUAAAGGUUUGUUGUAAAAUGUCUCCCAGUUACUACAACUGGUGAAGAGCUUUUUCAAAAAAACGCUGUGUUUUCUAACACAUUUACUUCUGAUGAUACAAUGUUGAAGCUCAAGUCAAAAAUCAUGUGUUUGUGGCAUGUUUGUUUCUUUAAGCUUUUUAUAUGGUAAUAGAUUGACGGGUGUGGUUUUUAAACUUCUCAUUUUCAGGACACCAAAAAUAAAUACAAUUGUGUAUUUUGUAAACUAAUAGCAAACACCUUUAAAACAAGUGACUAUUUCUAAUUGCGAUGUCAUUGUGAAAUGAUAGGAAUUAUUGUCUCUUACAAAUGAAUUUCACUCCCAGGCAUAUAGUGUGGCUGCAGACCUCUUGUACAAAUCUAUGCAUGACUUAUCUGUUACGGAAGUGCUGGAAUUGGUUUGAAUGAGAUAAAAUUGUCAUCAGAUAUGGUAAGAUACCAACGUGUUCGUAGAACUCAGACAUUGAGAUAAAGUUGUCAUCAGAUAUGGUAAGAUACCAACGUGUUCGUAGAACUCAGACAUUGAGAUAAAGUUGUCAUCAGAUAUGGUAAGAUACCAACGUGCUCGUAGAACUCAGACAUUGAGAUAAAGUUGUCAUCAGAUAUGGUAAGAUACCAACAUGUUCGUUGAACUCAGACAUUGCCACUGGAGUGCAACUCUUUUUCCAUGGCGAAGCGGUCGAAUGAUCUUCCUAGUUGUCUUGUGGCAUGUUUAUUUUUUAUGUUUACCUCUUGCCUUUUUGUUGUUGCACGUAGUUAGACGGUGUUUGUGUAUGGAUAUAGCUACAGUCACUGGACAUGUUUGUGGUUCCACAGUAUAUCUUUGAAACAACAUUAAUUCAACAAUUAAUGCUUCCAACAUACUGAUUUUAUUUAGCACCAACGUGUUGUAUGUAUGACAAAGGUUGUUUUAUUUUUGGGGGGGGGGGGGGCAUUUCUUGCAUGUCACUACUGUAUGUUUAAACAAUCUGAAUUGUAUGUUGUGUGUUUUUUAAGACUUAUUACUUACUAUGCAUAUGAAAUGUCACUCUGUGGUGCAGCGCUCCACCCUGUCAUUGGUCUGUCAUGUAUACUGUGUUGUUGGAUGGUACAGUAUCUGAGGUCUCUGAAUACAGUAGCUGACCGCUUGGUAUGGCUGUACCUGUUUGGGGAUCUCACUGUUCAGGGAUACUAUUAUGGAAUAUUAAAAUGAAGGAGGAGAUACGGACGAUGACCUCAGUCCAGAUCAGAAGCGGCGCUUGGAGCGCUGGGCCUGUAACCGAAAGGUUGCUGGUUUGAAUCCCUGAGCCGACGAGGGAAGAAAAUGAAAUGACAACUUGUUUUAUCACUCCACAUGAAAGUGCUCCUCUUCAUUAUAUCAUAGAAGAGGUUGGGUUUGACUACAGGGCUGAAUUCAAUGCAACCCACGGAAUUCUGUAUUAUAUUUGUAUUUAUACAUAUAUUUCAUCUUUGCUUAUUGUUUCAGUCUUUGCCCAAUCUUAUUGAAAGGGCUAGGAUUACCUUUACUGUCCAUAUCACACAAUGUACUGUAGCAUAAUGCCAUCCAUUGUAGUGAGAGCUUUGGUGCCUCUACCCAAAUGCAUGCCAACAUACUAUAGAAAUACCAUUGAAUUGUCAUAGCAUAACAGAGCUUCUCACAAAACAAGAGCUCAUAAUGAUUGAAUCUAUUGUAUCCAGUUCAUUAUUUGAGUAAAUUACAGUGAACUUUUGCAAUGUC